AUGGCAUCAGCUGCUACUUUCCUCGUUUGUUUAUCAUCACUUAUGCUUCUUCUUCUUCUGCUUCCGAGCAGCAGUAAUGGAGCAAGAAUGGAGGCUGGAGGAGAAGAAUACUGGAGAGAUAUAAUUAAGAACGACAGCCCCAUUCCUCAAGCACUCAAAGGCCUUCUCCCCCGUGGCCGUCAUCAUGAUCAGGCCCAGACCAAUACCGGCUCGGAAAGACUAACCGACAAUUGCCAUACAGAAAAAGCAAAGAACCCAUUUACCAAUCUGUUUGAACCGAGGCCAGACGGCUCAUCCUAUCCGGCUGCUGAUAAAGAGGAGAAGCUGCAGUUCGUACGGAGCUUUGAGCCGAGACCAGACGGCACAUCCUAUCCGGCGGCUGAUAAAGAGGAGAAGCUGCAGUUCGUACGGAGCUUUGAGCCGAGGCCAGACGGCACAUCCUAUCCGGCUGCUGAUAAAGAGGAAAAGCUGCAGUUCGUACGGAGCUUCGAGCCGAGGCCAGACGGCACAUCCUAUCCGGCUGCUGAUAAAGAGGAGAAGCUGCAGUUCGUACGGAGCUUCGAGCCGAGGCCAGACGGCACAUCUUAUCCGGCGGCUGAUAAAGAGGAGAAGCUGCAGUUCGUACGGAGCUUUGAGCCGAGGCCAGACGGCACAUCCUAUCCGGCUGCUGAUAAGGAGGAGAAGCUGCAGUUCGUACGGAGCUUUGAGCCGAGGCCAGACGGCACAUCCUAUCCGGCUGCUGAUAAGGAGGAGAAGCUGCAGUUCGUACGGAGCUUUGAGCCGAGGCCAGACGGCACAUCCUAUCCGGCUGCUGAUAAAGAGGAGAAGCUGGAGUUCGUACGGAGCUUUGAGCCGAGGCCAGACGGCACAUCCUAUCCGGCUGAUAAAGACGAGAAGCUGCAGUUCGUACGAAGUUUUGAGCCGAGGCCAGACGGCACAUCCUAUCCGGCUGAUAAAGACGAGAAACUGCAGCUGGUAAGGAGCUUUGAGAUGAGUCUAGACACUUAA